GAGAACAAAAAAAAGCAUGUCCGCAUAUGAACUUAACGUACGGCAAAGCAGCGGAAAAAUUUCCCCACCCCAGAUCUACCCAAGCAGCGGAAGAAGAGAAGUAGAAGAUGCAGAAGAAGAAGAAGAAGAAGAAGAAGAGAGGAAGAAGAAGAAGAAGAAGAGAAAGAAGAAAGAAGAAGAUGAGAGGAUAGAACGCACUAGGGCCUUCCGCUGCGGCUGCCGCGGUGCCGCGUCUUCCUUGUUGAGCCGCCGCCACGCUGCCGUGUCGCCGUAUUUUCACUGCAACGCCACUACAGCUCAACACAUCGGUUAUUUUGUACGGUGCUAGGCCUUGAAGCUGCUCUGCUUAGCUAUGGAUGAAGGAGAGAGGGCUCAGGGAGCUUGUCGAGGAGCGAUAAGGUUUGCGUGAGAGAAAAAGGUAAAGUUAGAAAACAGGGGCAAUUUUGGUAAUCAGGAAAAAUUUGGUCCUAUUUACGAGUUAAAAACUUAGAGGUCCUAUACGCGUACAUAUACUUAUUUUUGGUCCUAUAUGGAACCAUUUCUCUUUAAUGGGAACCUAUGAUUCUGCGUGUAUUACUAUUUCCUCAGAGUGAACCUAUGAUUUAGUAGCAUACUAGUUAAAUAUUUCAGUUUCACAUGAAAUAUAUUUUUCUUUUUUCAGUUUCACUUGUGUAUUGAUUUAGGCAUGUAGCCUUAAUAAUUUAACACACAGGACUUGCCGAA